AUGACAUCAAUUGCAUUCAUGUUAACCAAAGAAUAUCGAAAAGCCAUUGUUGAUUAUCAUUGGAUUUUGAGAGUAGAUCAAGAUGCUGUGUUGAGUCCUGGUUUACUGAUGGGUUUGAUUGGAAAACAUAGAAAAAAACUACUUCCUAUGCAAUUUGGAGGAAUCGAGCACGGAAUCGAAUUUACCAGUGAACGAACACGAAAGAUUGCAAAAAAACUCGGCUACAAUCAUUCAGGUAUACAUAAUCUAUGUUCGGCAUGGCUAGUCAAUCCACAUGACUCUGUGAAAAUUGCAAAUCUAACAACAAUCAUUGGCAGACAUUUUUUGGAAAAUGAAUUUGGACGAAAUGUUCCUGGUAUUGAAAAUUUACCUGAUAUUGGUGAAUGGCCAAAAUGGUGGCGAGGUGUCACAUCAUUGUAUGCUGCUGAAAUAGCCAUUAAUCAUAUUUAUUCAUCAACUCUUAGCCAUGAACAUGAGUCCAGUGCCAUUGAUCAUCCAUCUUAUUCAACAGAUUCAGUAUGGAAUGCUUGGCAUAUUCAUUGUUUACAUAAUGAGGAGUACUUUUCUAAAUUCGGACAUCAAGAUGAGCUAAAAGAAUUCCUAAAACAUCAACGAGAAAAUCGAAUCCAAAAAAUGGUUAAUACUACGUGGACAGAUAUGGUGUUGGUUGAAGUGUUAAAUGAAUAUGAAAAGAUACAAAUGAACAAUAAAAUACCAAUAGGCAACAUAACAGUCCGUGAUUACGUUAGAGCUUUAGCAUGGCGAAAAGCGUAUUCAGCCGCUGGUGCAGUCAAUUUGAAUUGA